AUGGCGACCAUAAAGGAGCAAGAAGCUCAAGGCGAUGUCGAGGAUACAACGAAGGUUACGGCCCCAAAAGAUUUCGGAUUUAUACCUGUUCCCCAACGGCUGCGACAUGACACCGAUAAACCUUUUCAUUUCUCAUUGGCUAUGAAUAUCGCGUUCGGAGUUAUAAGCACGUUCACGGUUGCCAAUCUGUACUACUGUCAACCAUUGCUCAUUGAAUUGUCGAAAGAUUUCAAUGUUACCUACGAAGAGGUAUCCAGGAUACCAACGCUGUUACAAGCGGGAUAUGCGACUGGACUAGUUUUAAUCACACCUCUUGGAGAUCUGGUCCGCCGUCGACAGCUCGUCCUAAUUCUUGUGACGAUCUCCGCGUCUCUUACCAUUGGUCUAUCAGUAACAUCCAGUCUCGCUGCCUUUGAGGCAUUAUCUUUCCUCGUCGGUGCUGUAACAGUUGUUCCCCAAGUCUUAAUGCCCCUCGCAGUUGAUCUCGCUCCACCACAACGUCGAGCCUCAGCUUUAUCCAUUGUCCUUGCCGGACUGCUCUUCGGUAUCCUCCUCGCGCGAGUUCUCUCAGGGGUCAUAGGAGAGUUCACCUCAUGGCGCGUUGUUUACUACCUCGCCAUAGGAAUUCAGUACUUCCUCGUCCUCGGAAGUUACUUCGUCGUACCGGACUACCCUGCGAAGAACGCUCAUCUGACAUAUUGGCAUAUCCUUCGGACGAUGGCCAAGUUCGCCGUAACGGAACCACUCCUCAUCCAAGCGUGUCUUAUCAGCAUCGGGUCGAGCGCUUCGUUCACAAAUUUUUGGGUUACGCUUACUUUCCUGCUUGGUGGGGAUCCGUAUAAUUAUUCCACUUUGGUCAUAGGGCUAUUCGGGCUUAUAGGGAUGUUUGCUGUGGCUAUGGGUCCGGUCCUAGGAAGGGCUAUCGACCAUUUGGUCCCUUGGUAUGCGUCUUUGAUUGGCAUUUUCAUGAUGCUAUGCUCUCAAGCCAUACAAACGGGCGCGGGUGGUAUUUCCAUCGCUGCUGUUAUCAUCACUACGAUAGGGAUCGAUACCUUUCGGCAAAUGCUGGAAGUUUCUCUCGCAACGCGGAUUUUCAGUAUUAAUCCAGAGGCUCGCGCGCGCCUCAAUGCCGUGUAUAUUCUUUCUUUAUUCAUUGGCCAAGUGAUGGGCUCGUCCGUAGGCACAAAAGUGUUUGUACAGUACGGAUGGCGUGCAGGUGGUGCUCUCUCGAUGGCAUUCUGUGGAUGGAUGCUUUUUAUACUUAUGCUGCGCGGACCACAUUGCGACAACAAGACGUGGUUUGGGUAUCAAGGAGGCUGGGAGGCCAGGAAGGAUGUCGUGAAGCAAACAGAAGAAAGACGAGAAGAUGAUAAACAAGACACCGAGAUGGGAUCCGAUAGUAGAUCGCAUGAAACGAAUGAGAAGGAAAGCGGAGAGAUACGCUAG